GAAUCAUAUUUCGCCGCCUACCCGACCACAUUCUUCUUUAAAGAGCCCCUACAACUUUGGACCCCCUCCAAGACUCAAGCACAAUCUCAACUACACUCCUAGCUAUUAGUUCCUCUUCCUCCACCCUCGCCGAUGAAGAUCUUCCUCGACUGGAUGCACCGUAAAUUGCACCCAACGGGCAUCAAAUACUCCCAAGUCCUCCAAAAGAAAGGUCAAGAGGCCGAAGAGAUGACUGAAAUGGUGGCCGAGGAGAAGGAAGCUUUGCUUCUCCACGACAUGCUUAGCGGCAUUCUCACCAUUGGCACACUCGGCCAAUACCGAGACCCCUUUCUUCCGAGCCUGACUUUCAAAGAAGAAAAAGAAGAAGAAUCACCACUAAUUGUGGCCGUAGAAGAAAAAGAAGAAGAUAAGACAACUAUCACACUUGAGAAACAAGAGAUAAUUGUAGAAAUAGAAACAAAGCAACUGCAAGAGGACUUGCCUCUCCUGAAGGAGGAUAAGGAAAGCAGGGAGAGAGUGAGGACCACGCUGGCCGAUCUCUUCGCCGCCGAUCCGGCGGCGAGGGAGGAUGCCAAUGUCGACAAAGGCAUCAAGAACACUAGUAACGAUAGCAACAAGCAGUCGAACAAGAUGAAGAAGAAGAAAAAGGCGAAAGAUACUAUGAAAUUUGGCACUAACGGCAAAAACAGCAGCAGCAGCAGCAGCAAUAAGCUACAGAAACUGAUGACGAGAAUGCUGAAGAAGAAGAUUCACCCGGAGAGCAUUGCGUCAGCGGAGACACCAGCAGCGUCUAUAAAGAGUAUUAAUAAGAAUGAUGACGUCAUCAAGACCGGCUUGGUCUACUGAUUUGGAGGACUAUUUCGGCUUUAAAUGAUGUAUUUAGCAUGGCUAUUGUGUAAUAAACUAUCUUCAUGUAUGUUUUCGUUAUGUUUAUCUACCUUUAAUGAAUUAUAUUUCCCUCAAAAUAUACAUCAAAA